UUACAGUCAUGCCCCCGAUGUGAAUUGACCUUCAAUCCAUUCACUGGAGACUGGACCACUCCCACGGCUUUGUCUCCGCCGCUAUUCGCAUCAGGCGUCAGCGACGACAGAAUCACGAUUGAUACCCCAUUCCCUCUCUCAAUCUCUCUCCAAUGCGCAGGGGAGAAUACGCUGAUACCAAACCCCCGAUUUCUGGUUCUCAUUUUGAUUCCGUGUUCUAGAAACGUCUUACUCGCUCGCCCACAAGAAAGGAAUUAUCUGCUUUCUAAUUCGCAAUCCCCUGAGCUUAACAGCCACAUCUCUUCUUUUCUCAGAAAAAAAGAAGCUCCGUCUCCAGGUCGGUUGGAAUAAUCGGGGAUGGCUGCGGGUAGGGAAGUUCGAGAAUAUACUAACCUAAGCGACCCGAAAGACAAAAAAUGGGGUAAAGGAAAAGAUAAGAUAGACGAUGAAGACAUUACUUUCCAACGAAUGGUUGCCAAGGGAUAUUGGCUUCCUGUACUGGGUUGCUGAUGCAAGCAGAUGCAAGAGGUUGCUGGUGAGCGUGGAGGUUACCUUCAUGGGCGAGGGGCAUUGGACAGUGAUGAUCUACUCUAUCUCAAGGAGCAGAUGGAAGCUGAGGAGGAUGCGGAACGCCUCCUGCGCCGUACUGAAAAACGGGCAUUUGCUGCAUUUAAGAUAUCCUUUUCUGUUGUAUUCUGCUGUUUCCUUCACAAAUGGACACAGAGCUGCAAACUUAGCGGAUUCUACGCCUGCAUCAGUACCCUUGCCUCUUCGUGUUGAGCCAAAACCAAAGAGCGGGAUAAGGCAGCAAGAUCUGCUGAAGAAAGUUGUGGAAAUUAAGCCCAAGCGACCAAAGCUUUCUAGCCCAUCCGGGGGCAACCAGGCAACCCCAGUUCCUAGUAAUGCUAGUGUCACAAAACGCGAGCCUGAGAGUGAAAAAAUGAAAAAGAAAGAGCGGCUGUCUCUGCCUGAAUCAAAUAAAAGUCAGCCUUCAUCUGGGGGAUCACAAGAGGCAGAAGGAAAGAUUAAGAUGGAUAAUCCUGCUGGUGGAUUGCUAGGCUUGGCAUAUGAUGCUAGUUCUGAUGAUGAAGAGUGAUGGAUGAUGAAGGCUUUUAAUGGUGGAAAACUACUAAUCCUCUCUGUAGUUUCAGUACAGAGUGCUUUUUCUUCCUUUAGGGUUACCAACUUACCAUAUAAGUGUCUUGCCAUGUUACACUGGGAAUUCCGUACACGAAGCAUUAAUCAUAAAAAAAUAAGACGAGAGAGAGAGGGGGGGGGGGAUGAUUUGUGAGCUGUGUACAACUAGAGGGAAGAUAAACCUAGUGCAUGCCUUUAUUUAAUCCUUUAAUGUUAGUGUGCCAGUUUUGCUUGUCUUCUUAUUGUGAAUGAUUAACUCUGCAUUGGAUAGUAGGACUUGGUGCUUCCACAAGUUGCUUUCAUGUCUCUGUUUAUGUUGGUGUAUUUAGGGAUGAUCCGGUUGUAACUUAUGAAAACUGUUUAUAACAAGGUGUAUUUAUUCAA